AACUUUUUCUUUUCUUCUUCUCCCAAUUAUAGACAUGUUAAACCAACAACUGGAGGCUUCAGUAGAAAACUUUAUAUCAAGACUUAAAAGACGUCAAGUGAUUGGGUCUUAUGAAGUAGCCAAAGAAACCGCUGUUCUUUUACGUCAAGCUGUAUCGACUACUCGUUGGCGGGAUGUCGAUACCCUUUUGGAUCUUAUCACAGAACUAGGUGGACGAUUGGCAGCAGCACAACCUAAGGAACUUGCGGUAGGUAAUAUUGUUCGACGUGUACUCAAAGUGAUUCGAGAAGUAGCUCGUGGUGAAUUGGAAACCGAUGCACUUGAUAUGGAUAUGGAAGACGAUAUGGAAGACGACAAUGAUGAUACAACAAGUACCAAUAAUAGUGUUACUGGUGAAUUAUUUCAAGAUAAUAAUUUGCAACCCAAAUUACCUUCCAAUACAAGCAGCAAUGUAGGUUCUGUCGCUGGCAAUGACCGUCCUUCUUUUACACAAUCUUCCAUGUUUCAUUUAUUAUCUGAUGCUUCCAGGCUCCGUGGUAACCAUAGCUCUUCCGAUAUUGAACCUCAACCUCAGAAAAGUGUCUAUAACCUUAAACCUUUGAUUAUUCAAGAAAUCAAUGAAGAAAUCAUCGCCGAUUUGGAAAGUGUUUAUAAAGGAAUUGCUGAUCAAGCUAUUGACUAUAUUCAUGCAAAUGAAGUGAUUAUGACCAUUGGAAAAUCUCGUACUGUAGAAGAUUUUUUGAUUCGCGCUGCCAAAACUCGUAAAUUCCAGGUCAUUGUGGCCGAAACGUCUCCUACAUAUCAAGGUCAUGAUAUGGCUGCUGCUUUGUCAGCUGCUGGUAUUGAUACAACUGUGAUGGUAGACUCUGCUAUAUUUGCAGCUAUGCCUCGUGUGAAUAAAGUGGUUGUAGGUGCUCAUGCUGUCCUUGCUAAUGGUGGAUUAGUAGCCGUGACUGGAACUCAUCUGAUUGCUGCCGCAGCUAAACAUCAUUCUACUCCUGUUCUUGUGUGUACUGCCUUGUACAAAUUAUCACCUCUAUUUGCUUAUGAUGUCGAUACAUUCAACAUUACUGUGGCUCCCAAUGGUAUCUUGGACUUUCAAGAAGGUGCCAUUAUUGAUAAAGUCGGCUUAUCCAAUCCUUAUUAUGAUUAUGUUGCUCCUGAAUUAGUCAGUUUGUUUGUCCACAAUUUAGGAUCUGCACCACCCACUUAUGUUUAUAGAUUAAUCAACGACAACUAUGACCCAGAAGAUACUACCUUAUAAACUCUCAUUUUUUUUUCCAACUUUUACAUGCAUGCCCUCCUUUGUUCCAAUGUCAUUUUAUAGUUAGUUUGUUUUAGAUGUUAUGUAUUUCUCUCAUUCACUGUUUUAUUUUGCAC